UGACUGUUUUGUCACAAAGUGCAAACAUUGCCGAACCUAGUUGGAGCGCACGCCCUCACUUAUUGUUGUGAUUAUUUUCUAGCCUCAAAUGUUAGCUAGCUAUCGUUGCUCACUGGGAACGGCACAUUUAAGACAGCAUUUUUGUAUCUAAACAAAUUGCUAUACUUACUGUCGAAAAUGAAUAAGACAGCCGCUUAAUUUAAAGGAUAACCUAUCUCUCCAUUCAAAGGAUGACACGGAUGCUAACUGCAGCCCCAGAAAGAUGACCUGCACCACCCUAGGGCAUGGUCAGGAUGGGGCCAGAUGUGCCCUUGCUCAAUGAAUACAAGCAGGAGUUCUGGAAGCGUUUCCCUCAGAUGUUGCUGGGGGGUCCGUGCUUGAAGUUGGGCUACUGCCCGCCUUAUAUCUAUGUCAACCAGGCGGUCUUGUUCUUGACACCAUGGCUGUUGGGUGGCAUUGGCACGCUGCUGUGCCAGCUGCAGGAGGAGCUCCACGCUGCCGUGCUGUCUGCUAUGCUCAUGAUUGGGGCAGCAGUGGGUGUCCAGGCCCUGGCACUGUAUGCAGCCCGCAGGAAUGGCACGGUGGAGAGGUUGGGAGUGCCCAACAUCCUGGCUGAUGAGGAGGUGGAGUUCACCAACUGUGUAGGCCCAGAGACAGUGAGGUUCAUCGCCCCAGGGAAGAGGUUUGGGCUGAAUGUGGUGCUCCACACCAUGCUGGCGGGGACCCUCUGUGGCCUGGGAACAUGGUAUGUGCUCCUGGGCAGGUUAACUACACUCUACGGCAGUGUGGGUGUAGCCUUGGUGGUCUUUGUCCUGAGCUGGGACUGUACGGCAGAGUACUCCCUUAUCAUCAACACGGACGCAAAGAUGGCCACAUUCCAGGCACAGGACACCUAUGAGAUCAUCCCACUCAUCCGACCACUCUACAUAUUAACUGUCAUAGCUGUGGACCUUGCUGAUAGAUUUACAGAUCCAGUGCCAGAGUUCCAGCUAACCAGUCAGGUUCUUCAUGUGGUGUUCCUGGUCCGGCCUCUGCUGUUGGCGCUGGGCAUGCUGUCACCUCUGGACGCCCUCCUCCUUUGGGGCAUGGAGCAGGCACUGGUGUUCGGUUUGGGCUGCUCUCCCAUGUCCAGUAACCUUAGGUUGCUGGGGAUGUUCGCCAUAUCUGCAUGUGUCACUGUUUGUACCUUCUUCAUCCCGUCCACCGUGGGUGUGGUCGUCUUCUCCAUGGCCAUGGGGUUUCUGCUUAGUUUAGAUCUCAGACAAUUUGGGGCACAUUGUAGAGGAGGGCCCAGGGUGACCCGUGGCGACAGUGGAUGGCGUAGGGGGGCAUCCUCUGCCAAUCCCCGCUGGUUUGGCUGGCAGUUGUGCUGCAGGGAGAUGCUGCUCUACCUGGGGCUACUGCCGGGGGCCAUGGCUGAGGCAGGCCUCUUACAUCACUUCCUCAGUCCCUCUCAUUCCCAGAACCUGGCCAGGGGACCUCAAGCUGCUGUCAGCUACCUCAUCCUCUUCAUUGUCUGCUGGGCUCUCGGAGAGAUCCAGGGAGCCUAUGUUUUUGGAGGAGUAUUCCUCAGCCCACUGUACCUAGGAGGAAUGGCCAAUGUCCGGGUGUUCAAGCAGCGCAGAAGGGGUCUCCCCGUGGCUGGGGCCAUCAGGAGGGUGCUGCUCACCUUGCAAUAUAUGUCUCCCUUUGCAAUGAUUGCUUUGCUGAUGCUGGAUGGCGCUGUUCAGCAACUCCACACAGCCUCUCUUGUGGGAUUCACCCGGGGCUUCAGAAUGGUGUGGCAGAGCUUUGAGGAUGCCCUGUUUUAGAUGGUGAUGUCAGUGAGGCUGGGCGACAGUAUGGGCAUAGGGGUCCAGCUCCUUCUGGUGGGCCUGCUGAGUGAUAGGCUGCUCCAGUUCCUGUCCAAGCUGAAGUUUGCCCUGACCCUGCUGGUGACCUCCUGGACUGAGAAGAAACAGCGGCUUCAGUCGGCCGGGACCCUCCUGGCCCUGAACGCUUCCCUGUGUCCUCUGCUGCUCUCUGUGGUGUUCCUGUUUGCCAUGAUCUCUGCUCCUCUGCUGCCCCUCUUCACCCUGCCCAUCUUCCUGGGCUUCCCUAGGCCUCAGCAUAAUUGGGUUGGGCCCGUGGGCACCGCCUGCCUCUGUCCAGACUCCAUCUACUACCAGCAGAUGAGUGGGAGCCUGGCCUUUGCUCUGAGGAGUACCUUCACCAGGGGAUCACUUCGUUCUCUGGCUCCUGGCUUCCACUUCCUGGGUUGCUUCCAGGACACUAUGGUUUGGAUCAUGAUCUUGGAGAGAAGUUAUGGCUACUGCACGGUCAACAUCAAGGGUCUGGAGCUGCAGGACACGUCGUGCCAUACAGUGGAGGCUCGGGGGGUGGAUGAGGUGUUUGAGGGGGCCUUUGAGCGGCUUGGUCUCAACCAGGGGUUAAACCUGCACUGGGGUAACGCCCUCACCCCAUGUGCUGCCCUGCCUGUCCACGUCUACUCUGAUGCCCGAAAUGUGCUCGCAUGACCUGAGGAAGUCCAGGAUGACUUCCUGAAGGCCCUGGUGUAGCUGCUGCUGAGGAACUCUGUCCAGAGACAUAAGACUUUUACGGGGACACCGGGAAAGGAAAGUAAGUUCCAGCCCUCCCAUCUUGGCCAGUCAACUGUCACCCAGCCUUCAGAGGCUGUUAUGGUGGAGUCCGUCUCCUCUCUCAAGUUUAGACGGGACAGCUCCAGUUUGACGACCUCCGGUGACUGGUCAGAUGAGGAUGACCUGUUUGGGGCUCAGCCAGCCAGGAGGACGGUGGUGCUGGUAAGUACAGAGGCCCAGCUGGGGGACACAGUGCUCCACACCAGCCCCUCACUGCCAGGUGUGGAGAUGGGCAGUAGGUUUGAAAACAUGGCCCUCUCGUCCCUCCAGGCUCUAUGUCUCCCGGCUGUGGACAAGGGCAGGAACCCUGAAGUACCCCCCACAGAGUCCUCCGGCAUCUUGGCCCAUGCAAACUUUAGCUGCCCCCACACUGAGCUGUUCAGUCUGCCCCCUGGGUGAAGGACAUCCCCCUUAUCAUCCCGGUUGCAGCAGCCCUAUGCUUUGUUCCCCGAGUGGUUUCGGUUCACUCUGGGGCAGUUGGCGCUGUCCAUUCAGGACAAGGCUUUGGAAGAUGUGGCCAAAGCCCUGAAGGAGGAUGAGGAGCUGAGGGACCGGUCAUGCCUCAUCUCCCUGGGGACAGAGUCUGCCUUUACCAGCCCCAGCUAUGUCUACAGGGUCUACUGUGGGGACGUGCCUUGGACAGAGGGGCUGGAGUGACUCUCUGAAAACAAAGAACUUGACCAGUUUGCACGUAAGGCUUUCAGGUCAACAUAUGGAAUCUAAAACAACGUAUAUACUGGAUGUGUGUUACACAUUAAGUGUUGCUAUCCAAAGCUUGUACCUGUAACUGAUCUAUUUACCUGCAGGUAAAGUGCUCUAC